AUGAACGGAUACGGCGGCCACCAGGCGCCUCCAGCGACGCCAUGGGCCGAGCAUCGCACCCCAGACGGACGGGUCUAUUACUACAACAGCGCGACACAGGUUACCCAAUGGACGAAACCGGAGGAGAUUAUGACGCCAGUAGAGCGUGCGCUGUCGUCGCAGCCAUGGAAGGAGUACACGGCCGAAGGCGGACGCAAGUAUUGGUAUCACACCGAGACGAAGCAGAGCUCUUGGGAAAUGCCUGAUGCUUACAAGGCUGCCCUCGGCCACACCGGUGCGCCCGCUGCGCCGCAGCUUAGCCAAGGCAACACGCAGCUUGGCUACGACUCCCACCGCGACGGCCGUGAUCCACGCGACUAUCGCGACCACCGAGACCAUCGCGACCACCGCGACCACCGCGACCACCGUGACCACCGUGACCAUCGGGAUCGAGACCGGCGCGACCGAGGAGACAGGGACUACCGCGACCGCGACCGCGAUUCGUAUGCGGAUGCGCGACACCUCGCCGCCCCUAUUGACCCUAAAAUCAAGGCGUUCGUGCCAGCGAAUGACGACCCCGACUACGCUACACCGGAAGAGGCAGAAGCUGCUUUUUCAAAGCUGCUCCGACGCAGCGGCGUGCAGCCAGAUUGGAGCUGGGAGCAGGCGAUUCGCGCUUCCGCCAAGGACGCCCAGUUCCGCGCCAUCAGAGACCCUAAAGAUCGUCGCGCUGCCUUUGAAAAGUAUUGUCAAGAUGUCAUCGCGCAGGACAAGGAGCGCGCCGAAGAGAGAAUGGCCAAAUUACGAACGGAUUUCGAGACUAUGCUUAAACGGCAUCCUGAGAUUAGGCACUACACCCGGUGGAAGACCGCGCGAGCUAUCAUCGAGGGCGAAACUACCUUCCGAGCCACGAGCAAGGAGAAUGAGCGGAGACACCUUUUCGAAGAAUAUAUGCAGGGGCUCAGAAAAGCACACAAAGAGCAACAGGCGAAUCUUCGGAAGAGUGCUAUGGACGGACUCCUGGAUCUGCUGCCACAGCUCAACCUCGAACCGUACUCCUCCUGGUCCGAAGCUCAGAAGACCCUCACGUCUACAUCCACUUUUCAAAACGAAGAGAAGUAUAAAUCUCUGACACAAUUUGACGUAUUAACAGCGUUCCAAAAUCACAUGAAGGCGCUGGAACGCGCUUUCAACGAUGCUAAGCAGGAGGAAAAGAAUAUGGCGUUUCGCGAGGAGCGUAAGGCUCGGGAGGCUUUUAAGCCCUUGCUUACCGAACUUCGAAAUGGUGGAAAAAUCACAGCGAAAACCACAUGGUCGCAGAUUGUUCCACUCAUUGAAAAAGACGAGCGCUACAUUGCCAUGGCCAGCCACGAGGGGUCCACCGCCCAGGAGCUCUUCUGGGACGUCUUGGAGGAAGAGGAGCGCAACUUGCGUGGCCCCAGAAACCAUGUCCUGGAUGUUCUCGAAGACAAACGUGUGGAAAUCACACCCACCAGCGAUGUAGAGGAGUUCAUGUCUAUUAUGAGGGAUGAUCGACGCACUGCUAACAUUGAUCCUGAUACUCUUAAACUCCUCUUUGACCGACUGCGCGAAAAGCGAACCUCGAAACGCGAUGAGGAUAGGCAGUCUGAUCGCCACCAGCGCCGCACAAUGGAUGAUCUCCGCGUCCACCUGAAGCGCAUGGAUCCUCCUGUCACUAUCGCUGACACUUUUGAUAAGGUACGACCACGCAUACUGAAGGUUGCAGAAUUCCAGUCACUCCCGGAAGAUGCUCUCCACAGCGUCUUUGACAGACAUAUGCGCCGGCUUCGUGAGAAGGAAGAGGACAUGGAGCGAGGCGCGCGAAGGUCCAGCGAGCGAGACGUAUCACGCCGUGACGGCGACCGCACGCGCGACCGCACGCACCGCUCCGGUGGCGGCCGACGACGCAGCCGAAGCCCUGAGCUGGACCCAUACGAGGCGGACAGACGCAAGGCGAUUGCCGAGCGCGAGCGCAACCAUCGUAAGUCCACCAUGGCCGAGAACCUUUUGGGAAGUGAGCGGAGUCGACCGUCGCCACCGCCGUCGUCACGCCGCGAUCGCGACUCGCGCGACUAUGAUCGCCCCAGCCGCUCGCGGCGUGACGACGACCACGCCUAUGACCGCGAGGGUCGGCGCGAUAGGGAGGAGGACCGGGAGCGGUACCGCCGUCGUGGCGCGGAUCGAGGUUCGCAUGACGAGCUCCCCUACGGUGAUGAACGUCCGGCCGGCUCGCGCCGCCGCCGUCAAGACGAGGAAGAUGACUACUCCAGGAGAGAUUCAAGAGAUUCAAAGCGAGUGAGGAGAGAUCGCUCACGCGCACGAACGCCCCCACGCGAUGAGCAGCCUCGCGGCAAGACUCCCCCCCCUCGCGCAGCCGCUGCCGCACCGGAAGCUGCGGCUAAAGAUAAGGACGCCGAAAUGCUGAGCGGCAGCGAAGAGGGCGAGAUCGAGGAGUAG